CCAUCUUUACUUAAUCGCUCGGAAAAAACAAUAACAGUCUAGUCUUAUAAACUUAUUAGCUUGCAAUGAUCACAUACACAAUGAAAAUUUGAAUAAAUUUAAGACCCCAAAUAUUAUUUUUAUUUUUCAUUCGCUUUUAAUUUCGUUAAGACAGAGUGUUAGUACACGCGACAAAGAGGUUAUGACUAACCUAAAUUUUUUUAUUUUAAAAUAAAUAUAUGUUUAUAAUAGUAUAAAUUCUUGUGAAUCUUUAGUCUAGUCCAGUCUAGUCUUAGUCAUCUCAUAAUACACUAAGUCUAUUUAUUACCGGGACAUAGAUAAUUUUAUAAAACACAUCCCCUCUUUUGUUGUAAAUCUCAAAAGCCUACUUUCUUAAAUAACUCGGCCCGUUUUAAUAUAACACGAUAAUUUAUAUCAGUGUAUUUUUAUUCCUUACAAUGGCACUUUUAGGAGUUCAAUUAGUGAUAACAUUAGUAAUUGUUAGCUUAAUACAAAAAAUAAAUCCUCAUUUUUCAUUUGCGAGAUGGGUUUUAUGUUCCACUGGAUUAAUACGAUACUUGUAUCCAACAAACGCAGAACUGAAAAGUUUAGCGAAUAUACCAAAAGACAAACCGAGGAAAGGAAAGCACAUGGAAAAUGGAAAAUCACACGCAACUUUUCACGUGCCACGUAAUUUAGAUAUAACAUUAGAAAACGCUCAGGUUUCAAAGCUAGAUAUCGUUCAUUUGAAGUAUUUUUCGGAUUUUCAAUGGCUAUUAGACUUCGCCAUCUAUGCAUCUAUAACUUAUGCAUUGACAGAGAUUUAUUACUAUUUUUAUUCAAUCGAAGGGGAAAUAAAUCUAAGUAUGCUCUGGUGUGUACUAGUCAUUGGAUUUUCAUUCAAAACAUUGAUAGUCCUGUGGGUCCAGUAUUUCAAAGGGGAUGAAAAUGUCGGCGAAAGAUCGACAUGCAUUGUAAUGGGAUUCGUUUAUUUGCUAAUCGCAAUGGCUGUCCUAAUUGUCGAUGACAAAAUUUUGGAAAUCGGUUUGGAUAAAGCUUACACAAGUUUCAACCAAAGUGCGACCAAGUUUCUCGGAGAACAAGGACUUUCUUCGACUGGGCCGGCAUCAAAAAUUGUUUUGAAAUUUUUCUUAGCAGUAUGGUGCGGGUUGCUUGGUUCCUUAUUAACAUUUCCUGGGUUGAGAAUGGCUCAGAUGCAUAAAGAUGCGUUAAGAUAUUACAAAGAUCGUUACAUUUUAUUGUUAUUGGCAAACAUAAGUUUUGCAUCGCCUUUAUUAUUAGUUUGUUUGUGGAUCAAACCCAUAAGUCGUGAUUAUCUUACUGUACGUGUGUUUACAGGAACAAGCGGUCCACUUAUGACAUCAGAUGCAUUUGAUAGUAUGAGACUGAUAGCUAUUAUUGUUGUAGUUUUAUUGAAAUUAUCGUUCAUGCCGAUGUAUUUCCAAUCGUAUUUAAAUUUAGCCGAACAAAGACUAGAAAAACAAAAAAAAGAGUCUGGUAGAAUUACUAAUGUUGAUCUGCAAAAAAAGAUUGCUGCUGUGUUUUAUUAUCUUUGUGUUGUGACGAUACAAUUUGUAGCACCAUUAUUGAUGUGUUUGUUUUUUUCAUUUAUGUAUAAAACACUUGGCGGCUAUUCGUGGAAUGGCUUUAGUAAUGUGUCGGACGAAUGCUCGAUUGACGAAUCACAUUCUGCUGUAAUUGAUGAUAAAAUUACAGAAAGUAGUGAAAAAACUAUUACACAGACUGCCGAAGAAUUUCAUUUAGCAUUAGGAUCUUUGAAACAGAUUUUUACAACAGAAGUAUUCCGUGGUCUGUUUGGAUUAGCAACAUGGUGGACAUGUUUCACGAUAUUUGCUACCAAUGCACUAGGAAUGUUCUGCCAAUCAUAUUUAACAGCAGCGUAAUAGAUAAUUUAUCAAAUAAAAUUGUCAAUAGGAAAAAAUUUUUAUUAAUAAUUACAGAGACCUGUUUGUAAAGAAAUAAUUAACGCACAAUCAGUGAUUGCUGUAAAUAAUUUAGUGCAUCAAACCAACCGUCAGUGAACGAGUGAAUGUUUUUUUUUUUUUUUUAUCAAUUACUUUCUCUUCUUACAAUACGAAUAUUUAUUUAUUUAGUAAUUACUACAAUUAUUUAUGAGAGAUUGAUUAUUUUUUACGAUUCACUUGUCUCAUUAGUAUGAAGUUUAUUGAUAUUUUUUCCUUCUGGUACAUAAAAUUGUACGAGAAUUAUCAAAUAAGUUGUAAUGACUCCGAUAAACUGAAACAAAUAAUUAAUUAAUUAAUCAAUUAAUAGAUUUAUUGAUUAAAUUGAAGACUAAAUAUUGUAAAUA